AUGACCGAUAUACUGAAACUGGCGUCAGAAGCGGGAAAGACACCUACCCUGUCCCAACUCUCAGAAAGCGAUAUUGGCAGUAUUUGGGCUGAUGUGUGCGCCUACAUUGAACGUCAGAUGACCUUAAAGAAGGGGGUCCAUCUGUCAGGACUGGGGACCUUCACCUUCUCUCAGCAGAAGUUGGACAUUGGGAACAAGUUCACAAUGAUCCAGCGGCCAAUUUUCCUCCUUGCUGGCAAACUUGCCCAGUCUCUGGGCUUAAAGCAGGCCAAACCACUGGCUGCAGCAACAGACCUACCUGUAGUGCAACUGAACUUCACAGCUGUGUCACAAGAGACUCAUUUCAGUCGAGACGUAGCGGAGGGCUGUGUUAGAGAAACUCUUCUGCUCCUUGUCAGAGCUUUGGCCUCUGAGCAAAUCGUAUUUCUCCCCCUCCAGGGAAUUGGAGUUUUGUCCUUUAAGCAAAACAAGGUACGGAUGAAGUUCAACAGAGAUUUUAUUAAUGCCAUGGAUGGAAGUGGUAGACUACAUUUAGCCUUCAAUAAUAUACCGGGGAGCAGUGCCUCUUUAAUGUCUGGUGGACUGUCCAGGCUACAAAGGACACACAAUGCCAAGGUCCACAUCACCCUGCCAACUGUCUGCUCUCCUCAGCCAGAUACCAAAGCUGGUGACAAAGAAGGCUGGUGCCUGUCACCAGCUCCAGACCAGAGGAAUGCACAAGAAGUUCCCCAACAGCGGGAAUCUAAAUCCCAUCAGAGACUGCAGCCUGCUAACAUGAAAGCUUUCAGCCUGUAUGAAGAACUGAAACCAAAACCACCUAUGGAGGCCACAGACAAGCCCACCACCAUCUCCCCACCAAAGGUCACUCUCAAACUUGAGGAACCACAUGUGAAUGUUAGCUGCUCUGAUCAUGCCCGUGCUGGGCAGGAGCUGUGCUACCUGUGUAUGCAGCGGGCCAAAAGAAAUGUGACAGUGUACCUGAGGAAGCAGCAGCAGACUGAGGAAAAAGCUCAGGAGAAAGUCUUACUGUGUGAAGAACAACAGAGAGACACGCAGUUCAUGGAGAGAGAGCAGGCGAAGCUGCAUGAGCACCGUGAGCAUUCAAAGCAGGUCGCUGCAUUCAACCAGCAAAUUUCAGAGAAAAAAGAGAACACUUACUGUCCUCUGUAUCCUACAUCAUUUAUCUUCCCGGCUCGGCCCCUCACUCCUGCAAGAAAGAUGAAACAGAAUCGUUACAGGAAUGAGCUUCAGAGCCAGGUAGAGAGGCAGCGGCAGCACAAGGCUCGAGACCAGCAGAACCGACUCCUCAUGGAGCAUCUAGACCAGGUCCAGCUGGUCCAAGAAUUAGCUUUGCAGAAGGCUCAGCAGCUCCAGCAGAAACAGGAGAAAACAAAGCAUUACAAGAAGGCUCUAGACACUCAGGUGGAGGAUAAGAAGGGCACGGACCUUCCAGAGUGCCAGCCUGACAGCUUCGGGUUUAGCCGCUGUGAAACACCAGCUGCCAAUGCUGAGAGCCGAGAAAGAGCACAAAAGCUCUUUCAGGCGAAUUUCGGUGUAGCCACUCAGAAGAAGAAGGAAGAACUACACAACCGCCAAGCUCAGCUUGAUAAAGAGAAAGACAUUUUCACACACAACCGAACAGAGUUAAUAUUGGACCGCAUUAAUCACUUUGAGAAGAAGCGGGACAUCAGUAAGUCACUCGAGAACGAGUGGAGUUUGAGUGUGAAACUCAAACACCAACGAGAGGAAGAGGAAAAGCGCUUUCUGAGGUCUGCUGGCCAGCUCCUGGUAGAUAAGCUAGCACAAUACAGACGCUGCUGCCAGUGUAAGAGGAGGACCUCCAAUUGUGGAGAGACCAACAUCUGGAAAGACUCUCAUUACCUCUCUGGCUCACAGUUUAUGAUCUGAUGACCACUUGAACAUCGAUACCUCAAGGCUUUAACAGGCCUCUUGAAACUCAUCAUGUGACAGUCAAUAAUGAUGAAGUUUAAGUUAAGCUAUGUGAAGCAUAAAUGGAUGAUAUGGUAUGCAAGUAGGCGCUGUGUUACUGUGAGACUUCCUCUUGCUCCUUUCAUAAA